AUAUAAUUAAUAACAGAAUUGUGACGGAUAUUUUCUAUAUUUAGUACAAGUACUUUGAAUCAGAAGUAUCACGACAGCAGGGGAAAGAGCUAGGGGCAGAAAUGGGGGGCAGAGAAUGUUGCGUGAAUAACUGUGGGAGCAGCUCCCACGACCACCAGGGCAGGAUGCUCCUGAACGGCCUGAGCUUCCACUGCUUCCCUGCGUGGAGAACGAAGGAAGGCGACUUUAUAUCGGAGCUAACGAGGCGGCGGAGAGACGCCUGGGUGACCGCCGUGGGCCGCAGAGAAAUCACCUUCGACCACGUCCCGUCCUCCAUGAGAGUCUGCUCCAGACACUUUCUCUCUGGAAAACCAGCGUAUGAGAUGUUGGACUCAGAUCCAGACUGGGUGCCAUCUCUACACCUGGGUCAUGAUGGUGAUGAUGAAUGUGAAGAAAAGUCCUGGAAUAAAAGAAGAAGGUUGUCUUCUGAUGAGAAACCAGUAGAAGGAGCAGAUGGUGCUGCUGAAUCCAGGAAGCCUCCUCCGCCUGCUUGGACAGAAGUGAAAUCUGCCCUGCAGUCUCUUCUGGAGGGUAAAACUGUCAUCAGUCAGCAGCAGGGAGACGAUCAGCAGAACCAAGGCGCUGAGACGAGGACUGACUGCGGCUUCCGGGACUUCUUCAGGAACGCUCUGGAGUCGUCUCUGGAGGCCUCCAUCCAGGCCAGAGCUCGCUCUAAGAGUCGGCCGCCGUCCACAGAGUACGAAGUGGAGCUGAACGUCAAGCUUCCAUCUUCUCCAGGAGAACCGUCCGUCCUGGAAGAGCCUUCCUAUUCACAGCCUUCCUAUUCACAGCCUUCCUAUUCACAGCCUUCCUAUUCACAGCCAUCCUCUUCACAGCCUUCCUCUUCACCAUCAUGUGCAAACUGCUCCACGAUGCUGCAGAGGAUUCGAGAGCUGGAGCAGAAGCUCUUUGAUGUCGCCAGCAAACAUAAGAUCACUGUGCUGAACAGACCCAAGCAAACGAUCACAGAGGAGACCAGACCGUCUAGGGAAGAGGGUGAGUCGACGGCUCACGUUGGACCAGUUACAGAUGAACCGGACUCUGAAGCCACUCCUUCCACCUUCCGCCCUCGUCCUCCUCAGCGCCGCCGCCACUGCUUCAGAAAGGAGUGGGUCAAGAGCUUCCCGUUCCUCCGGUACUCUCCAAGACUCAACGUCAUGUGGUGUCACGUGUGUCGCGUUCACGCGGACUCGUUCUGCCAGAACCACCGUCUGAUCAAAGGCUCCAAUCAUUUCACCAAGUCCAACAUCAGGAAGCACACCAACACAGUCUACCACCAGCAGAACAUGCAGCGUUUCCUGUGGAGCAGCCGCACUCCAUCCGAGGAGCCGUCGGAUCCGUCGGAUCCACCCGCUGAGCCAGAAUCAUAACAAAGAAUCAAAAACAAAGGCUCCCGAUAAGUUUUUACUGAAUGAGCUCAGCAGCAUAAUAGACAAAGUGUUAAAAAUGGAUCCUACUGUUGGUUUGCAGUUGUUAUGUGGUACAUUGGUGAAUGUUUUUGCUAUCAGAACCUUUUGGAGGCCUGAAACAUCUGUGCACAGUACCGAAACAACAUGGUGCUUUGCAUAUAUCGAUUCCAUCGAUUCGCUACUUUCUGAUCUUUCUGGUGACUCUACAACUUCUGAAAGAGAGAAACUGGAGCUGGGUGGUUUUUGAGGACUUAAGUUUUGGAAAAUAUGUUUUUGUUUUUUCACUACACACUCCUUUGUUUACGUAUUCUAGAGUGAUGUCAGCGGACCUGGUGCUGCCAUCUUGUUUGCGGGGCGUGUUCUACAGCUCUGUUACAACAGAAUAUUAGUAUGAGGUUAAGUUUAGUUUUGUUUUAAUUAUAAUGCCUACAUGCCAUAAUAUUAUAGGAUUCCCAUAUUUUUGAGUAACAUCAGCGCGCCAAGAGCCGCCAUCUUGUUUGUUAAAUGUUACAGCUUCUCUUGAUUUCAGGUCAAUUGUAUGUCGAAAUAUUUUAGGUCAGGCUAUGAUGUUUUUAUUUUAGUUAUGAGAAUAAAUAUUACAAAAAUACAGUCAAAUAAUACAAAAAUGUCAUACUACCAUAAUAAAGUUGUAAUUUUAUGAGAACUCCAACACUAUAAAUAACAAAAAGUUAAAAUGAUGAAUGUUGAGUAUCUUGAGAAGUUAUACUUCAGUAUCAGUUUUACAAAUAGGAACAGAGGUGGUCUUAGCCUGCCUGGCUCCCCCAAGAUGUCGCCUAUCAGAAACCUGAACUGGAUAAGAUAAUACUUCACCUUCUAACGCAUCAGUGUCAAAUUAUUGGGACUUUGAAACAACUGAGCAAUGACCAAGUCUAAGAAGAAAGAAUAACAAACGUCAUUGGUCAUGUCAGAGAACUAAGCUAAUUUUUGUAAUUUUAAGAAUUUUUUGUGGUAAACUUGGUCUUUUUUUGCUAAUAUUGUGACUAUAUUAUUAUUAUUAUUAUCAUUAAACAAAAUCCAUCGUAGAAAGCCCUGAUGUUCGUAGUACAACUCAAAGAGGAUAAUAUAUUUUCUACCAUUUAUAAGUUUUUUUUUUUCUUCUUCGUUUUAGAAAAGAAAGCGGUAAUAAAAAACAUCGAGUGAAAUCGGAUCUGGUAUGAAAAAAUUUGGAGAUAUUUUUUAAACCUAGACACAUUCCUGAAAUCGAUCAGAUCUACUUUUGAAACGUCACAAACUCUGGGUCAGUUACCAUGGUAACAAACCUCGAUAAGAGCCGAAGUAUGUCGUUACGAUACUACUGAGUACUGAGCAGGUCGUCGUGUUAGCCGGAAAGCUAAAGCACUCAACCCGCACAUAAUUGGACUAGUGGAAAAGUCUAUCUUGGUAAACUCAAUGGAGAUUAAAAGAACCGUAUCCAAAAGGGAAAACAAAUGGUUCCGAUAGGAGCUGUCUGUGUUAAGAGCUAGGAAAGCUAACUUCCGGUUCUCGCAAUGAUGGCUGCUGCUGCUGUUUUUCACUCAGAUCCCGGACUUUCGUCUUCGUUUUGACUGUAUUUGUUUUGUUCCGGAAAUAAAUUUCCAACUUCCGUUUAUGAUCCUGGAUUAGUAGAAUCUGUGAGCUGCUGCUGUUUUGGUGAGAAAGUUAAAAUUUUCAGGGUGAGUCUGAAAUACGGAAGCAUUCAACUGUCAGAAAAUAAGAAAGGUGGUAACAGUAAAACAUAAAUGCCUCUUGUGACAUUUAUUUUUUUAACAAGUUGUAAAAUAAGUUUUGCAUUUUGUUUAGAGAUACUUCACCUGAUUCUAUUUCCAACCUCUGGCAGUUAAAACCGUUAAACUGUGUAUAUAUGACACUAAACCAUUUUCUUUUAUUAUUUUAUUUUAUUUUAAAAGUGCAUUAAAGAAAGACAUUAAUGAAGUUGA